CGAAAGCCUUGUUGAACUAUUGCUUUUUAGGGCUUGAAAGCUCGUGAUUAAACUAAGUUAUCAGUGUAAGUAAGUACACAAUAGUAACAAAAAAUGUCUCCAAAGAAAUUCAUAACAAUUAUUACUCAUUAACAAAUAGGUUGGCCAACAAGUAAGUAGCUCAGCGGCACGCAUCGUCCGCCCUACAAGGAUGCGGCAUCAGGUGCGCGCGCGCCGCGCCGCCGCCUCCGACAGUGAAAGUGCCGCCGCGCGCACUCGUAACGCCGUUAUGUCACCGGCGUGCGGCGCGCAGUCGCGGCACGACUAUGACGCCGCGCGCGCACCUUUAGCACCGCCCGAAAAUAACGAAAAUAUCCAGUGAUCGUAUCGACCAGCAUGUGCAAGUGAAACUUUGAAAAAAAAUACUAAAUUAUUUUUUUCCAAAAUGUCUACCUUAGUGAUAGUUUUAUUGAGUGCUUUAGUUUUAGUAAACGCGGGAGAAGUACCGAGCGAGAGUAGAGAGAGUGCGCGCGAAGAGAAGUUACGGAGUGCCUUGAUAGAUGCCUUCCAGAGCAUCAAGAAAGCUUCGGCUAAGGGCGGGCUCGACGACGACGCCGCCUCGGACCUGAUCGGGUCCCUAUCGAAGGCCUCGCCGCCCAACUCCAGCCGGAACUAUAAGUCCACGACGGAGGAUGCCUUCGACCUGUUCGCGGACGACGAUGGCCUCUCCUUCUCCGACUUCAGCGACGUCAAGACUGAAGCGAAACAAUCGACUACGGAGAAGGCGCACAAUGUGCAGCACAUCGUGAAGACGACCAAACCAGUCGAGAAAACGACUUCGAAACCUAACAAAGAUGUUUUGAGUAAGCUCAGCGACUCCAUCAGGAGCACUGUGAACGAAUCUAGGAACGUGUUGCGGAGAGAGAGCAUGAACAUGUCGGAGCCGCUGGGGAUCGAGAGCAUGCUGCGCGUGUUCGACGCGGACAUCCUGGUGCGGCAGUGGAGCGAGCUGCAGCAGACGGUGAGCGGGGACUGCCGCGCCGACCUGCAGGAGUACGUGGACGGGCUCAUGGAGCGCAAGCUGUGGGCGCUCAAGAUGGAGGACGCGAGCGGGCGCUACACGUCCAUGUUCUACUGGGGCAACAACUACUGGACGGGCUCCGCCGAGCUCUGCGACAUCCUCAACGAGGAGCACGUGCCCAGCACGCAGCGGAAGAACACAUCAGCGUCUCAGAUCUUCAACGACUGGCGGCAGGAUGUGUCGAUGGCGGGCUCAGGGCCGCCCUUCGAGACUGCCUUCUAUGUCGCUAGGAUCGUGCUCUCCACCAACCUGACCGAGCUCAUCAAACAUCGCCGCACGCUACACCUGGGCGCGUGCCUGCCUCGCUCGUGCCCGCGCGCCGCGGUGGCCGCGCUGCUGUCGGCCGCGCGCGCGCCGCUGCUCGUGCACCGCGUGCUCGCCGUGCGCUCCCCGCAGCACGGCGGCUACUCGUAUCUGGGAGACCCCACCUUCAGGGUUUUGCUAGCUGUUUCCUGCUUCGUGGGUAUCCUCCUGAUCGCCGCGACGGCGUACGACAUGAAGAUAGCUCGGGAUGUGCGCAAGGACCGCCAGAGGAGGGCCAACAUUGCGGCCAAUAUGGCGGCCAACAAUGGCGCCCGCGCAGACCUGAAACUCGACCUCAACGGACUCGACGAUAUUAACGGAGCUAAUGGCAAGUCGAUGUACAACGUGAAUAACAACCUGGCUAUCAACAGCAAUACUUCUGAGGAACGCCUCACAGCUGAGACCCUCUCCACUGACGAACUUAAACUCAGUAUUUGGUCGGAGCUGCUGCUGUCGUUCUCCAUGAAGGCGAACGUGCUGCAGAUCCUGGACCAGUCGGUGGGCGCGGACACCGUGCCCGUCGUGCACGGCCUGCGCUCGCUCUCCAUGGUGUGGGUCAUCUUCGGGCACACCUGCAUCGUCAUCUUCAAGUACGCUGACAACACAGCCCUGCGUGCGAUCCUGGAGAAGAGCUUCUGGUUCCAGCUUAUCAUCAGUGCAGUCUACAGCGUUGAUACUUUCUUCUGCCUCGGUGGUAUGCUGGUGACAUUUCUUUACUUCCGGACAAAGACAAAGGGUAAACUGGAUCUGUUGGUGAAAGGACACAGGAAGAUCACUUCAGGGAUACUGCAGUUUCUUGGACUCAUUGGAUAUCGAUUUGCUAGAUUGACGGCUCCGUACCUAUUCAUCCUGGGAGUCGUGGAGGUGACGAUGAAGUGGUUCGCGUACAACGCAGUGUUCGAGCCUCCGGCAAUGGACCACGACACCUGUCCCAAAUACUGGUGGAGGAACCUGCUCUACAUCAACACCCUGUUCCCCGUUGAGCAAAUGUGCAUGUUAUGGAGUUGGUACCUGUCAGACGACACCCAGUUCUACGCCGUCAGCGCUAUCUUAUUAAUUCUCGCUACGAGCCACUUCAAGGUAUCAGCUUCCCUCACCGGUGUCCUGUUCAUCUCGUCGCUGUUCACGACGGGCUACGUGUCCUGGAGUAACGACCACAUCCCGAACAGUGAGGACCCCUUCACGCAGUUCGACAAGGUGUACGAGAAGCCCUGGACGAGGCUGGGGCCCUACCUCGUCGGCAUGCUCACCGGAUGGAUACUCUUCAAGACCAACUUAAAGAUUAAGAUGAGCAGGGUAUGGGCAUCAGUGGGCUGGGUUGUGUGUACGGCUACGCUUCUGUUCCUGAUCUUCGGCCUGUACAAGACGGAGCUGGGCGUGCUCUCGGCCGCCGUGUACAGCGCGCUGUCGCACUCGCUGUGGGCCGCCUGCAUAGGGUGGAUCAUUAUAGCUUGCUCGACUGGACAUGGAGGCUGGGUGCGGCCACUGCUGUCAGCGCCGGUGUUGUACCCGUUCUCCCGCGUGACGUACUGCGCGUACCUGGUGCACCCCGUAGUGCUGCGCUACGUCGCCAUGCACCUCACGCACCCCAUACACAUGGGAGAACUGCUCGUCUUCAUUUUGUUCCUGGGCCUGACCAUCAUCUCGUACGCGCUAGCCUUCGUGAUCUCGGUAGCCUUCGAGGCGCCCAUAGUGACCAUGCUGAAGAUAGUCUCCCCGCAGCGCAAGCCGCACCGAGUCUGAACACAUCACCACCUACCCUAGGAUAAGCUACUGAGACUUCAUAAGACGAGCUCGAUAAUUACCAUUAACGAGGAUACAUUGCGUAGUUGUUACUCAAUGACUAAAUUUUGAUUGGUCCAAAAUUGGCAAUGUUACCGCAAUUUGUUUUAGAAUUCGAUGGUCGACGUUCGACCUAUUUUAUACGCUUCGCUACCUGAAAUAGUGCGAAUGUGAUUUAAGUAAUAUUUAGUCCUUAGAGUUAGUUACAUUCUGCAGUGUUUGUGUCUCGCUUCAACAUAUCUCCGUCUCGCGUGGAGACCGCUUCUGACUGAGGAUUGAUGACGUGUGUUGAUUGUAUUUACUGAGAAUUGGUUAUGAGAGUUUUGUUCCGUUUCGUGUACUUCUAAAUUAUAUGAAAGCCAAGUGUACUUCAACCGUAGAUUUUUAAACAAGUCUUGUGUGUGUAAAUUGGAAAAUGCUUGUUUUAUUGCGGAUCUCUGUGGGGAUCAUGCAAAGUGGAACUUCGCAUGAUUAGGAUUAUUAUAACCAUAGUUCACUUUACCCAAAACUGAAGUAAUGAGUGCAAAUAGGAUUUAAAAUCGAAAUAACAAUAACUUAGUUAUUAACUUUAUUACAAUUUACAAAAAAAGUUGACUUAAAAUACAUUGAAAUAAAUAAAACGUAGGUAUUGUUCAUUAAAUAUGAGUGCUUGAAACUUAUAAGCUAAACAUAAAUGCUAGAAUUGGUUUUAAUGAUGUGAAAAUAUUGUUAACUUGGCUUUAAACAUAUAAAAUUAUUAUUUUCUGAUAUCUCUUCAUCGUCAUGACAGGUCAAUAAGGCAUAAGGGUCAAUUCAUACUGGCACAUAGUUGAUCGAUGUUACCGACCAGUAUAAACUGAUCCUUGAAUGAUUUCACCCAGAACCUUAUGACCUGGCAUAAACAAAAAAUCUUUUUAUAAACAAAUUCUGAACAAAUAUUAAUUAUUAUACACUAGAAUAAGAAUGUACAUUAUCCUGUACGUAAUUAUGUAAAUAGGCUGUAAAUAUAACUAGUUGUAAGUUUUUUACGGAAUAUGAUGAUAUAAUAAAUAGAUACAUUUGA